AUGGAAAAUAAUGUUACCGAGUUUAUCUUCAUGGGUCUUUCCCAAAAUGAGAAAGUACAGCAACUAUGCUUCUUUUUGUUCUUAUUCUUUUAUAUGAUACUCAUGACUGGAAAUUUUCUCAUUAUAAUGACCAUUCAAAGGAGUCCAAAUCUCAACUCUCCAAUGUACUUCUUCCUUAGCUUCUUAUCCUUUGUGGACAUCUGCUAUUCCUCUGUUACAGCCCCCAAGCUGAUUGUUGAUUCCCAAGCCAAAGUCAAGAGCAUCUCUUUUGCUGGUUGUAUGGUGCAGCUCUUUUUCUGCCAUCUGUUUGGCUGCACAGAGAUCUUCAUUCUCACAGUGAUGGCAUAUGACAGGUAUGUGGCUAUCUGUAAGCCUCUACACUAUAUGACCAUUAUGGACCGGAAGGUCUGCUCUGUAAUGGUGGUAACCUGUUGGUUAGGAGGGUUUGUGCAUUCCUUCAUCCAGACCAUCCUCACUGUACAACUGCCCUUCUGUGGUCCCAACCUGAUUGACCACUAUUUCUGUGAUGUCCACCCUUUACUGAAGCUGGCUUGCACAGACACAUAUGUGGUGGGGCUCAUUGUGAUAGCCAACAGUGGCAUGAUUUCC